CUUGUUUAUUCUCCAUAUGAAUGUUAACAAAAAUGUAUAAUAAAUAAAAUAAAUAUCAUACUUUAAUAAUUUUAUUGAAAGUUAUUAUUUUUAAUUAUCCUUGUAAUUUGGGGAAGAUUUUUCAUUAAUAUGGAUAGUGAUCAAUCAGAAGAACUAUUUUCAGACGAUGAUAGCGAAGAAAAUGUAAGGGAUUCGAGUGUAAAAUUAGCUGAGAUCAAUCCCUAUUCUACACAUUUGAAUUAUUCACACUUUUCAUAUGAAUGUUCACCGAGUCAGCAAAACUUUUCCAAUUCAGCUGAAAUUCCUACAACUCCUCUUAGUCUUAUUCCACAUAUCUCCAAAGCUCAAAUAUGGACCAGUGAUUUAGAAACUCCUAAUGCCAAGGAUGUAAAGCAAAUAAGUUCCCCUGUCAAUUAUGAUCCGGUCUGUCAAGACAAUUUAAUUAAUAGUCAAAAAGUUAAUCACACUACUAAAACUCCGGUAGCAUUGGAUAGUCCCAGCAGUGAUGAAAUAGUUCCGGGGUCACAGGAAAGCUCAAGAAAAAAAAAGAGAAAGCGACCGAGCCGUCGUAUUUUGAAUAAUAUAUCUAAUAGGUUCAGUGAUGAUGAUAUUUAUCCAGAUAAAAACAGUCAAAAAAGUUCUCAUAAUGAAGACUCUGAUUUUUCUAAUGAUAAAUUAAGUCCCAUUAAAGAAGAUUUAAUUGAAGAAAACUUAAAUGAAGUUGAAAGACUACAUAGUAAAGAAAAUAAAAGUUUUAAGACAAUAACACCAGCGGAACGGAUUAAACAAUUGAGAGAGAGAAAGAAAUCUGAUUGUUUACGUAAAAAACUCAAUGUCAUUGAUAUACCAGAAAGUGAAUUUGUAAAAGAAUUUCAGGAUUUAGAAUGUCAUAAUCAAUCCUUCAAUCUUUCUCAAAAAAAUAUGUACAUCAGUACUUAUGAUAAAGUUGGUUUAGUACCAUUUUCUCAAAUUAUUGAAGACAACGAUGAGAUUAAUAAGCAUUUGAAUGAGAAAAUUAAAGAAAAAGAUGAUGAACCAAUGGAUUUUCAAAUAAAUGAAUUGGUUGACGAUAAAAUUUUUCGAGGAUUUUCCUUUUAUUCUCAAGAGAACAGUAAUUUUAUCUGCUCUAGGUACAAUAAUUUUCUUAGCAAUAAAGUUGAUGAAUAUAUCUGCUCCUCAACUAAAUAUUGGAAGAUUAUGGAAGGCUUUUGUUUGGAUGAAAUUGAAUACAGCACGGAUAUAGCUGAUAAGUAUAAAAAAUUUUUAGAUCAUUAUUUUAAUGAUAAUUUUUCAAUUUCAAAGAAAAAAUGUUUAGAACUUAUUUUCCCUCCGAAAAAAAGUGUAACUAAUUUUUUACCUCCGAUUAGAAUGUCUUUGAAACAAUGGUGGAGUACUGCCAGUGGAAAAGAAUUAUUUGUUAAUGUUAGUGCAGUUCAUCAAUCAGAAUCAUGGUUAUUAGAAGAUGAUUUUUGUCAACAUAGUAUUGAUAUAUUGUUACCAAUAGAUAAUGAAGCUGAUGUAAAAAAUAAAUUAGUUAAUUCUAUGCAUGAAAAUCAACAAUGCUGUAAAACAGAGUUAGAGUUUAUUGAAAAAGUUUCUCAACUAAGUGUAGAAAGUAUCAAUCAAGGUAAUAUAAAAAAUUCAUGUGAUUUAGAAGUAAAAGAAAUAGAUGCCAUUAAUGAAGAUAUUGAAUCAAGAAAAAAUACUAAUUAUAUGUUUUCUGAACCAUCUCUAUCACCAUUCAUUCCAGAACCACAACAAAAAGACUCAACCAUAAAAAGGGCAUUGGAAGAUGCUCAGUUAAUGCAAUCAAAUUCUAAUGCAGGUAAUAAAGAUAUUUUUGACCAUAUCUGUGGAUCUGAUAGUGUUCGUAAAAAAGCAGCACUUCAUACUGAAAACUAUACCUUCAUUCAACCAACACUUAGAAAGCAAGUGCCUUCAAUCUUAGAAAUAAAUAAUAAACAUAUUAAUGAUGGAAGAAAUAAAAAUUCUACCCAUAAACUUUCUUUAAAAAGAGAAGAAAUAAAUGGAGAAAAACAAAAUAACCAUUUAGAAAAUAUACCAAUAAAUCCACCGAUGAUAGGAUUUCAAACUGGUCGUGGUAAACCAAUAAAAGUACCUGAAGAUGCUUUAUUAAAAGCACAAAAUAUGAUUACUGAGAUAGAAAAAGAUUUAAAUACAGCAAAUGAAUUUGAAAUAAAAGAUUUUGAAUUGGAGCUGCCAAAAUUAAGUAAACCAACUACUUCAAAGCCAUAUUGUCCUAAUGAGCAGCAUAAUGAGAGUAUAAAAAACUCCAAAAAAUCAAUGCUUACGGAUAAGGAUAUUGUUAAAAACAUAAAUGAAAAGAGUAUGGAUAUCUCGAUGAAUUCGGAAUUCAUAAAAUUUCAAACAGAUAGAAAUAAGAGUAUAAAAACAUCAGAAGACAUUUUAUCGGAAGCUGAAAAUAUAUUUACGAAGAAAGACUUGGAUUUGAAUGAGUUACAAAUUCAUUCAACAGAAACUGAAGUAAACGCGGGUUAUAAAAAAAAUAACACAGUACCUGAAACUAUAGUGUCAUCGAUAACAGCCAAGUCCACUGAUGAUUUUAUUACGCCUGGAAAAGCGUCAACUAUUCCACCAUUGAUAGGGUUCCAGACAGGAAGUGGGAAAAAUAUAAGAAUAUCAGAGAAUGCUUUGUUAAAAGCAAAGACUGAAAUGUCUAAAGACAUGGAUGAAAACGUUAAUCUUGAAGAACUAAAAAUUUCAAAUCGCUCAAAAUAUAAUCCUCUUGUAUCAGUUGAAAGAUCCACUAUAUCCAAUAAUAUCGAUAAUUUUAGAAAAAGAAGACGAGAUGAUGAUGAAACACCAUUAGGACGAAAAAGAGCUCGAACGGGUUUAGAUCUUCAAAAAAGAAAACUGUUCGAAGGAAUUGAAGAAGAAGAUGAAGCGUUAAUGCAAGCAGUAAUAGAGUUUGAUGAAUCUCAUGUUAAUAACGACAGAAACUUCAGCGACAUUAAUUUACAGGCCGUAAAAGCAGUCGAUGACACUGAAGUAAAUUGUUUAAACUCUUCAAGUGUUAUUACUGAUGAAGUUCGUGACAGUGUAGCGGCAUUUUUGAAGGAAGAAACAAAUUUCAAUGAAAUCGGAGACAAGUGGAUAGACAAUGAAGAUAAUAGUAGUUGCACUAGGAAGUUACUUAGAAGUAGAACAUCGGUUGGAUCAUGCUCAUGUCCCACAGAACAAGAAGAUAAAAUCAGCGAGUUCCGAUCUGUAAAAAGGCCUAGAUCUUAUCCAGGUUCAAGUGAACCAAUUAGCGUAACAGUCCGUGAUUUUAAGUCCCCAACUAAAUCUCUUAAACACGACUCUAUUCCAGAAGAACUGUUCUUUGAAACUCAAUUUUCUCAAGAUAUUACAACUACAUAUUCAGCAGAACAACUUCAAGAGCAGAGAUCAGCAGCUAUUCUAGAACAAGAAAGACGAAUUUUAUUAAAGAAACGGUUUAAGGAAAAACCUGUCAUAGGAUCAUUAUGGAGUAAUAAGCAAACAAACGAUCAAAUAUCAUUAAAAAAUUAUUUUGAUGCUCCCCCAUCACUAUCAAUUAAUCAAGAUUUAGAAAAAGAUAUUUUCAAUUCACUAAAGUCUAUUAAUUCUUUCACUGCGGAGAAUUAUCAAUUCAAUUUGAACGAAUUUUUUGGUCAAGUUUUUGUGAUGAAUCAUGCUGGUGGCAUUUCACUAGGUGAUGGAGCAAUUUUAAUCCCUAAUGAAAAUAAUUUAGCUGGCUCUCAUGAAUUUAAGCAAAGUUUUUUAGCCAGUCCAGGUGUAGAUCCAUCAUUAAUACCUAAUGGCUGGGUAGAAAAUCACUAUAAAUGGAUUGUAUGGAAACUGGCAUCAAUGGAUCGGCUGAGAAUCUCAAGGAAGUUAUCUGGUAGAUUUCUAACACCUGAUAGAGUAAUGAAACAAUUGAAAUACCGGUACGAUAGAGAAAUAGAUCGAUCUCAACGUCCGGCAUUAAGAAGAAUUUUAGAAAAAGAUGAUGUGCCUUCGAGAAGGAUGGUAUUAUGUGUUUCAAAAGUUCCUGAAGAUAAUUUAGGUCAAGAAAAUAAAAGUAGAACUUUAGAGUUGACGGAUGGAUGGUAUUCUGUACCUGCAAUCGUAGAUUAUGCAAUUAUGCCUUACAUAAAUUCAGGUAAAAUAAGAGAAGGAACAAAGUUAAUGAUUUUUGGUGCUGAACUUCUUAACCACGAAGAAGGACGUUAUCCUUUGGAUAUAUCGAGUAAUGUUAGAUUGAAAAUUCAUACAAAUUCGAUGCGAAGAGUGAAAUGGGAUACUAAAUUAGGUUAUCAACGACAGUGUGGUCCGAUGAAAACUACUUUGAAUGCAAUUAAACCCAAUGGAGGUAUCAUUGGAAAAUUCACUGUUGCUGUAGCUCGAAUUUAUCCUCUUUUAUUCCGAGAGAAAACUUCCAACGGAGAAUGUAUUAUUCGAAAUGCCAGAUGCGAAGAAAAAGCCGCAAUCGCUUUCGAAAAAGAGUGUCAAUUGAAAAUGGAGUCAAUGUAUUUCCAAGCUCAGCAAUCGACUUCAAAAUCCCAACUAGAAGAUAAUUUAAGAAAUAAUCUUCCAGCUAAAAGGAAUGUUACACCGAUUUUGAAGAUUAAAAUUGCUGAUAAUAAUUGCGCUGCUACAUUAUCUGUUUGGUCGUGCGAUGAAGAUAUGCAGAGUACUUUCAGAGAAAAUACUUGCAUUACAAUUUAUAAUGCUUCUGUUUCUGGAAAAAAAAUGAACGAACUUCAGAUAACUGCUGGAAGGUCAACACAUUUUGAUAUUGCACCGUCGGAUUCUGUUCCUACUCAUUAUCCAAGAAUAUUUUCUUCAUUAGAAGAUGUUAUUUCACCUGAAUUUAAUCCUAAAUAUGGAGAAUUUGAUACUAUUGGUAUUAUCGUAUCAAUUGGACCUGCUCCACACGGCAUGAGAAAUUUCGAGACAGUAAAUAUUGCAUAUAAAAAAUAUGAUGAAGAGGAUUCACCAUCAUAUUAUUUAUCUAUUCUUUUUUGGGAAGGUGUUGCAUCGUACGGUUUUUCUGAAAUAGCAACAGUUGGUUCUUUUAUUGCUUGUGUUAAUCUUGAGUGGCGUAAUAGAACUUACAAAAGUAUUCCUACAGCAUUUUGUACAGAAAAAACUUUAUUAACACGUAAUCCAAGGCCGAAUUAUUUACGACAAGAAUUUGAUGCUUUUCGUGCAAGAAUCAACGAUCUGCCUGCUUAUAUUGAAUCUUGUGCGACAAUAAUUCAGGCUGAAGUUGAUAAAAAAUCACAUAAAACUACUCCUAGUUCCCGUGACAGUAUUACUUCUGAUAGGAGAUCUUCAAAUAAUUGGACUCCUGAAAGUAGAAAUCAUAGUCUAGUCAAUCCAGAUAGUAUAACAAGAAGUGCUACAAAAAAAAUGGCCAUCAAAAAUCGCUUAGACAGACUGAGUUGUUAUGGAGAUGCACCUGAUUUAUCUCCAAUUCAUUUAACACAAACAUCUAGAGUGUCUUCAGAUUUUCGACCACCUUCUGCUCAAUUACCUAAAUCAUCAAAAAUGGAAUGAUCGUUAGAUUAUGUAGAAUAAACGUACUUGUAUUCUUAUUGUUAUUACUUUUUUUGUUAUUUUUGAUAAUGAAUUGAAUAGAUGUUUCUAUCUUUAACUUCUUAUUUUAAGGCAGAAAUUAUACAUAAGAUUCGCUCAGUAUAAACAGAGAAUUUACUGUAAAAGUUAUCUCGCAUUUGUUAAUUAAG